GCGGAGGUCACGCGCUCAAGAUGGCGGCGGCGGCGGGGUCCGGCGGCUGCCGGAAAUGUCUUGUCAGUGGCAUAUGGCUUAUAUCAGGAAGAUACUCUGUUCCUGCAGUCUACAGUGGCACAGUGUAUAGAAUGAGCAGGCCUGUUCUAGAGCUUUAUCAGUCUAGAUGUUACUCUUCUGGAGGAAGAAAGGGGUUUAUAUCAGGCUUUGUGGAGAACAUCAAACAGGAGUUAGCAAAAAAUAAAGAAAUGAAAGAAAGUAUUAAGAAGUUCCGAGAUGAAGCUAAAAAGCUAGAGGAAUCAGAUGCACUUCGAGAAGCGAGGAGGAAAUAUAAAACAAUUGAAUCUGAAACAGUGAAGACAUCAGAAGUAAUUAAGAAGAAACUUGAAGAAAUAACUGGUACAGUUAAAGAGAGUUUGGAUGAAGUAAGUAAAAGUGAUAUUGGCCGUAAGAUAAAGGAAGGUGUGGAAGAAGCAGCAAAAACAGCAAAGCAAUCUGCAGAGUCGAUGACAAAAGGAGGGGAGAAACUAGGCAAGACGGCAGCCUUCAAAGCUAUUUCUCAGGGAGUAGAAACUGUUAAGAAGGAAAUAGAUGAAAGUGUUUUAGGACAGACAGGUCCUUACAAACGUCCAGAGCGACUACGAAAAAGAAAAGAAUUCUCAGGCGAGAGGAUUAAAGAGGAGCGAAUAUUUGAAGCUAAUGAGGAGGCUAUGGGUGUGGUGCUGCAUAAGGAUUCAAAAUGGUAUCAACAGUGGAAAGAUUUCAAGGACAACAAUGUAGUCUUCAAUAGGUUUUUUGAAAUGAAAAUGAAGUAUGAUGAAAGUGAUAAUGCUUUCAUUCGAGCUUCCAGAGCUGUCACAGACAAAGUCACUGACUUAAUAGGUGGGUUGUUCUCGAAGACAGAAAUGUCUGAAGUUUUGACAGAGAUACUUAAAGUGGAUCCAUCCUUUGACAAGGAUCGUUUUUUAAAGCAAUGCGAGAAUGAUAUAAUCCCCAAUGUCCUAGAGGCUAUGAUGUCUGGAGAACUUGAUAUCCUCAAAGACUGGUGCUAUGAAGCGACUUACAGUCAACUUGCUCAUCCGAUACAGCAAGCCAAAGCCAUGGGUCUCCAGUUCCACUCCAGGAUUCUGGACAUUGACAACAUUGAUCUGGCUAUGGGGAAGAUGAUGGAGCAGGGACCAGUAUUAAUUAUCACUUUUCAGGCUCAGGUUGUGAUGGUAGUUAAGAACCAGAAAGGGGAAGUGGUGGAAGGUGAUCCGGACAAGGUUCUGCGGAUGCUGUAUGUGUGGGCGCUUUGCAGAGACCAGGAUGAGCUCAACCCUUAUGCUGCUUGGAGGUUAUUGGACAUUUCCUCAUCGAGCACUGAGCAGGUUCUCUGAGAAGAAUUACGUUCUAGAGCUUCCAGUACCUCUCUCAAAGCGAUGCCAUCUCUGAACUUGCACCAAUCUACUGCAUGAUGAAUUGUGGGGGCGGGAGUGGGGAGGGAAGAGGCCAGAUUGGUUCCUUUUCAGAAGAAGAGGCUAUUAGGUGUGCCAUCAUCAUACCAAUUCCUACUAUGAACUGGAUGAGUCUGACGUAUCUGCCUUAUGCUUUGCUGUGUAGCGAUUGCACUGUAAGGAUGUAUGGUAGAUUUAAAUGUGAAUGAUCUAAGACACUAGCAGCUGCUGUUGGUUCCUUUUUUAAUUGUGGGUGAAGGAGACUGGUUUUGUUCCUCUGUGUUCCCUACUGCUUCCAGGGUUGGACAGAGGUGGGUAUCUGAGAGCACAGCCACAGUGUCUAGUCUAGUUUCCAUCUGCUGUCAUCUUCUGAUGGCCUUACAGCACCCCUGAAAAGCACUUAGAGGUGGUCUUAAGGCACCUAGGUACCUGCUAACAUACAUCUCUCGUAUGAGGUUGUACCAAUAAGCCUUCUGUUGCUACAGUGCACUUUACCAAACCAAAUAAAAUAAGGUCUUUGCAGCUCUUAGUUUUGGGGGGGGCAUAGCCGUAAUGGAGGUGUUGAUAUCAUCAGGCAAGUUCUUAAGGCCAGCUGCAGAGGUGAAGCUUACUGCCAGUGGUAAUGUUCAUAUUUCCCCACCUUUGCAGGGGGAAUUGUUCCCAGUGUUUCUUUUCAUUGCAUCAGCUGGUGUCACUGAAGAGCACAUGACUGCAUCUCCCUGCCAGGUUAAUCUGGCAGGGUGGAGGGGACAGCCCUAACCAGCUGCAGGGGGGCAGACAGAGCACUGGAACAGUCACCAGGAAUAGGGUGGGACUGAAUAGCAACAAAUGAGCAAAUAAGAUGCAAAAACAGGCAGAACAUCACCUCUUGUAGCUGAGAUAUUUAUCACGUGAGGUGAGUAAAGAGGGUGUGGUUCACUGACCUACUCUUUGAAGUGUAUUGUGAGCACAGCUUUCUGCACCAGGUGGACUCAUGCUUCAGGGUAAUGGCACAUCUGGCCUGGGGGUCCCUGAUAGCAACUGGAAGAUGUCAGAGAGCGCUGCUGGCAAGCUUGCACGGACUCUUGGUUCUGGGCUUCUGUUGGAGGUUCAGUUGGGAAUUGUCAUGUGGGUUGAUUCUUCAGCUGCCUCCUCUUAAUGGACUGUGAGGUUGGGGGAAAACAAAACUUUUAUGGAAUGGGAAAUCAAAGGAUGGAUCUGCUGCUGUUUUUCUGCCUGUACACAAAGUGAGGUGGUGCGGGAUAGCACUUCCUCGACGUGGUGAUUAAAGAGAAUAAUUUGCCCA